AUGAAGAAUCUCAAUUUUGCUCCUAAAAUGAGAACUCUUAGGCAGAGGAUGACUGAACACAUGGUAUCUGUGAGUGAUGAUGAAUCAAGUGAAGAUGAAGCACAAAUGAAGUGGGAAGAACAGCAAAUAAAGAAAGCCGUUAAACUCUCUCAGAUUAUUCUUGAUGAUACUUUCCUGCAUAAAUCUCAACCAGCUAAACCAAAGUUGGAUCCCUCUGUUUCUCUGCCACCUGUGAACUUGGAAAUUGUGAAGAAGCGACUGACUGAAAGGAUAACAUCAUUGCAGGAUGUGCACCGUGCCCACCAGAGGGAGUAUGAAAAAUAUGUGGAGAACAUAGAAAGUUCAAAGAUGACUGUUCAGGAGUUAGAGAAGCCUUCGGACGCAGCUCUGAAUUACAAAUUCUACAGGGCCAUGAAAACAUAUGCAGAAAACUUGAUCAACUGUUUGAAUGAAAAACUAAAAUGCAUUAAUGAGCUAGAGUUGGCUAUGCAUGUACUUCUUCAGCAGCGAGCCAUGAGACUAUUGAAACGAAGGCAAGACGAGCUGAAAAAUGAAUCUUCUUAUAUUCAGCAUCUGACAAGUGGGAGUGACAAACCAACUAAUGGUGGUUUGGAAGGUGAUGAGAAGACACAGCUUCUGGAAAUGUGUGAACACCGAAGGAUUUGCAGACGAAAAGUGAGAGAGCAUUCAGGAGAAGCUGAUCACCAUGAGGGCAUGUCAAGUGACGAGGAGCUGACUCCGACAGAGGUGACCGAGUUCCAGAAGAGCAAAGAUAACAUUUUAGAGGAUAGUAGGAAAAUCUUUGAAGAUGUACAUGCAGAUUUUUGUGACAUCAGAAAAAUCCUGUUGAAAUUCCAGGAAUGGAAAGAGAAGUUUUGUGACUCUUACUGUGAUGCUUAUAUCAGUUUCUGCCUGCCUAAGCUAUUAAAUCCAUUGAUCAGAGCUCAGUUAAUAAAUUGGAAUCCUCUGGAGAAUUUUACAGAGUUGGAAGAGAUGCCCUGGUUCAGAGCUAUAGAAGAAUUCAGUGAUGCCAAAAACAUAUCUGAAUCCAAAAGGGAUGAUGAUCCUGAUCAAGAAGUUUUGCCUAGAGUGAUUGAAAAAACUAUUCUUCCAAAAAUCACAGGAUUUGUGAAGAAUGUGUGGGAUCCUUUAUCUACUACACAGACAAAGAACCUUGUGCAGCUUUGCAUUCACAUCUUUGAAAAACAAGUCCUUUCCAAAAAUAAACGCAGUCAAGCAAAAGAGGAUUUGAUGAACAUGGUUGUCCUAAGAAUGAAGAAAUCUGUAGAGGAAGAUGUCUUUAUUCCUCUGUAUCCUAAAAGUGCUGUGGAAGACAAAUCAUCUCUAUGUUCAAAAUUUCAAGAAAGACGGUUUUGGUCGGCUGUUAAGCUGCUCUCCAAUGUUCUUCUUUGGGAUGGGAUUGUACAAGAAGAUACGGUCCGUGAUUUGGGACUGAGCAAGCUCCUGAAUCGUUACCUUCUUCUGAACCUCUUAAACACACCACCGGGGCCGGAUAAUAUCGAAAAGUGUAAUAAGGUGGUUGCAUGUCUCCCAGAAAGAUGGUUCCAAGAUAUUAAAAGUGGAUCAACUCUCCCCGAGUUACUGAACUUCUGCCAGCACUUGCUGCGAUGUGCCCGUACGCUACAGAAGAAUAACCACAGUGAUGAAACAAAAGAAGUUCUGCUCCUGCUGGUGAAAGUCAAAGCUCUGCAUAUUGUUGAAGACUUCAUUGAAGAAUACAAACUUGAACACCUUAAAUCAGUGAUUGGGAAGUAG